AUGGUAUCAACCCGCUACAUUGCUGUCUUGGCAGCAUUGGCAUCCUUCGUAGCAACCUCACCUGCACCAAGCCACCAACAGGGUUCACGAUUCUUAUUCGCCCAUACUGAUUCUACCCUUCGGCUUGUCAAAACAUCCCCAGCUGAUCCUGGAUCAUGGGUCACCGAUGCGGACAAAGACGUGUUGAUCGAGAGCGGUGUCCGUUUCAUCGACAUCACUGACAUCAAGGACGAAGAAGUUCUCGAAAUGAUAUCCACUCCUGAUCAUGACUUCAGUCAAUACCUCAACACACUCGACCUGAAUGCUGACUUGGCUCAGCGAGGGUCAGAUUGGAUGCAGGGCGAACUUGAUGGCCGAUCUAUGGCCUCUGCUGAGCAACCGACACCGUUCAAUACUGAACGUGCAAUGCGUCAACUCAAGACAAUGACCGAGUUUUGGAGCAGAGAUCAUCGGGUGGAAAACGGCACGAAAGCUGCCGAAUGGAUCCUCGAAAGUAUUGAGAGAAUCGUUGCCUUGGUCAACCCGCAUAUCGAAUCCGCCGCGUUCGCGCACAACGCCACCAAGCAGCCCUCCGUUAUUGCCAAGCUACCCGGAGCUACCUCGGACAUCGUUGUCUUCGGCGCCCACUUCGACUCCAUUUCAAGAAAGCCUGGUGGCUAUGCUCCGGGAGCCGACGAUAAUGCUUCUGGAACGGUCGUGCUACUUGAACUUCUCCGGACACUAGCAGAAAAGACGAGUCACAAGGAAACCGAGCCUUGGAAGCCUCUUCGCAACACAAUUGAGUUCCACUUCUAUGCCGCAGAAGAGGUCGGUUUGCUUGGCUCUUCAGAGAUCUUCUACGAUUACAAGGUCAAAAACAAGACGGUGGUUGCCAUGCUGAACCACGAUAUGCUGGGAUUCUCUUCCACUGACAAGGUAUCUCUUGGUGGCGACAAAAUUGACCCGCGCCUCACACAUGUCCUCCGCACCAUUGCGAAGCAGCGCGGCAUCGCAACACUGAGCUUUUCUUGCGGUUACGCCUGUUCCGAUCAUGCAAGCGCUCACAAUAACAAGUACCCUGCGGCCUUCAUUACUGCCGAUCGUGACCCAAUCGGCAACGACAGAAUUCACACUGAUAAAGAUACAUUGGAGACGAUCGAGAAAGAAACGCUUGAACGCCAUUUCCAAUUCAGCCUCGCAGCUCUUGAGGUUCUCUCGAACGCAAACGUAACCAAGUUAGGCAGACCAAGCGACGAUCUAAUGUAA